GCCGCAUCAUUUAAUUGCAUGAUUGUUUAUAAAAACGUGUUGAUACGACUUAUCAGUUAUCACCAAAGUCGUAAUAUAGUAUUUCGUUACGUUCCAUUAACGCAGCAUAGUUUUUGCGUGUUAUUAUCAUUAAAAAGCCUCGCUCGUAACCUAACUUUCUUAUGUCAUUCACUGGAAAUGUCACAUUGUGAUGACUAAACAAUAAUAAUCCAAUUUGCAAGCGCGUUAUCGCCUUCGGCUUACGCCACAGCCCCUUUUUUACAUUUGGCGGCAAUGUAUUAGUGGGUGAGAUGGCUGCAAAUAUGAGCUACUGCCCCCCGGGGGUGCACAUUUGGGACGUGUGGGUGAACCACGGGACGUCCCAAUGCUUCGUCGAGACUUUGUCAUCGUCUGUGAUCGCUGGGUUUAUUUUACUGGCUGGUACCAUCCAGUUGUGCAUGUACAGGAAAUAUGGUACUGAAAUAUCGCCAAACCACUUGGUUCAGUCCCGUUUGUACCAUUUCCAAAUUUUUGUGACGCUGCUGGUGCCCGUGUUGGAAGUGGUGAGGUUCGUGCUGCGAGGGACAGUGUUUGAUGAUAAACACAUUUAUGGGUUUAUGAUAACGUCCCUCGUGCUCAACCUCCUCGCCUACCCCUUUUCCCUUCUGGUGGUCCGAGUCGAAAGGCACUACCUUUUGCCCUCGGUGCCCACCAAAGGGCACGGUAUCGUUCUUUUACUCUUCUGGACUCUAGUUUUCAUCUCCGAAAACCUCGCUUUCUUCAAUUUGGACAAGAAAGAAUGGUGGUUUCAGCUCAAAACGACAGAGGACCAAAUCGAGAUGGGCCUUUUCGUCGUACGUUACUUAUCCUGUCUUUUAAUCUUUUUACUAGGCUUAAAAGCGCCCGGAAUCACCCAAAACAUCAACUAUUUCACACUAAACGACUCGACUCGGAAUUUGCCGCCACAGCAGGACCGUACCGAGAACCAAUCAACAUGGCGCAAUCUUUGGAAGAAAGUCCGAAUUUUGGCGCCCUUUAUUUGGCCCAAAAAGGACGUUUUGUUGCAAUUUCGCGUCAUUUUCUGCUUCCUGCUAUUGGCCGGGGGGCGGGUCAUCAACUUGUACGUCCCCAUUUACAACAAAUAUAUCGUGGAUAGUAUGACACCUGAUGAGAAAUUAGAGAAGUUGGAGUUUCGCUGGGACUGGAUUUUGGUUUACGUUGCGUUUAAGUUCCUCCAAGGUGGGGGGACGGGGGGUAUGGGGUUGUUGAAUAAUUUGCGUUCGUUUCUGUGGAUCAGGAUACAGCAGUAUACGACGAGGGAGGUGGAGGUGGAGUUGUUCAGACAUUUGCACAGUUUGUCGUUGCGGUGGCAUUUGGGGCGGAAGACGGGGGAGGUGUUGAGAGUGAUGGAUAGGGGGACGGACAGUAUUAAUAAUUUGUUGAACUAUAUUAUUUUUUCGAUUUUUCCGACGAUUGUUGAUAUUAUUGUGGCUGUGGUGUUUUUUGUGGUGACUUUUAAUGCGUGGUUCGGAUUGAUUGUCUUCAUCACGAUGGUGUUAUACAUAGCUCUCACAAUCAGCAUCACCGAAUGGCGUACGAAAUUCCAACGUCGCAUGAACCUUGCCGACAACGAGACACGUGCUCGUAGCGUCGACUCUUUACUAAAUUUCGAAACGGUCAAAUAUUACGGUGCCGAACAGUACGAAGUUGAAGCAUUUCGUGAAGCCAUCCUGCGCUACCAAGUCGAAGAAUGGAAGUCCAACAUCACUCUCAACAUUUUAAACACAGUCCAGAACAUUAUUAUUUGUACCGGACUUUUGGCCGGAAGUCUCUUAUGUGCCUGGAUGGUUGUGGAAAAGGGGGAGCUUAGAGUUGGCGAUUAUGUUCUUUUCGCCACUUAUAUUGUCCAACUCUAUGUCCCAUUGAACUGGUUUGGGACGUAUUACAGGGCGAUUCAGAAAAAUUUUGUCGAUAUGGAAAAUAUGUUCGAUUUGUUGAAGGAGGACCAGGAGGUGAUCGAUGCCCCCAAUGCGGGGCCCAUUGCCGUCAAAAGGGGGGCUGUGGAGUUCAAUAAUGUCUCGUUUGGGUACUUACCCGAACGGUUGGUGCUGAAAAAUGUCACUUUUUCGGUGCCUCAAGGCAAAACCGUGGCUCUGGUCGGCCCUUCGGGCAGCGGUAAGAGCACAAUAAUUCGUUUAUUGUUCCGUUUCUACGACGUCGAGACCGGUUCGGUUAUAAUCGACGGUCAGAACAUCAAAACAGUGACUCAGGAAUCGCUCAGAAGGGCGAUCGGAGUCGUGCCUCAGGACACUGUCCUGUUCAAUAACACGAUCCGAUAUAAUAUUAAAUAUGGACGUUUGACAGCUACUGACGCUGAUGUGAUUGAAGCAGCACGUGGUGCUGAUAUUCAUGAUCGUAUUUUGACGUUUCCGGACGCUUAUGACACCCAAGUUGGUGAAAGGGGGCUGCGGUUAAGCGGCGGCGAGAAACAACGUGUUGCUAUAGCACGUACGUUGCUCAAAGCCCCCAUGAUUAUACUGUUGGAUGAGGCGACAAGUGCGCUUGAUACGCAAACUGAGAGAAACAUCCAAGAGUCCUUGGAUAGGAUGUGUGCCAAUAGGACGACGAUUAUUGUGGCGCAUCGAUUGUCAACUGUUAUACAUGCCGAUGAGAUACUUGUCUUACGGGACGGGGAAAUUAUAGAAAGGGGAAAACACGAGCACUUGAUUGGCCAGGAAGGCGUGUACGCCUCCAUGUGGAAGCAACAAUUGGAGAGUAAAGAAAAUUCAGCCGAGACUAGCCUUGAGAGGAGUUAAUCCCCACCCCACCCCCCACUAUUUACAAUUAGUUGCCGAGGUUUGGGGCUUAUUAAGUGAAAAAAAACGCUUCGUAAUUAUUGAUUUGUAUUGAACAAAAAAUAAGUUGACUGUCAUAUCACUAGUUUAAAUAAAAUAUUUCUAUUGAC